ACCCGGCGGUGGCCGCACUGGCCCGUCGCCCACCUGGCAGGGCUCUCCUAGGCCAGAGGGCAGAGGCCAGGGCCGGCUGGCGUCCCUGGCGGCGUCUGGGGCAGGCGGGCUGGCCCUCGUCCCGCCGCCCCAGGUCUCUCCCGAGAAGGAUCUCUGUCCCAUGUUGACAGCUCCGAAGCCUGGGGCAGCAAGGGCCGCCUGGGCAGAAUGUCACGAUGGACGAGGGGGGCCUACCCCUGCUCCCCGACAGCCUCGUUUACCAGAUCUUCCUGAACUUGGGCCCGGCCGACGUGCUGGCCGCGGGGCUGGUGUGCCACCAGUGGCAGGCCGUGUCCCGGGAUGAGUUCCUGUGGAGGGAGCAGUUCUACCGCUACUACCAGGUGGCCCGCAACGUGCCCCGACACCCAGCGGCCACAUCCUGGUACGAGGAGUUUCGGCGGCUCUAUGACACAGUGCCCUGCGUGGAGGUGCAGACUCUCGAGGAGCACACCGACCAGGUCCUGCACCUUAGCUUCUCCCACUCAGGCUACCAGUUUGCUUCCUGCUCCAAGGACUGCACCGUGAAGAUCUGGAACAAUGACCUGACCAUCUCGCUGCUGCACAGCGCAGACAUGCGGCCCUACAACUGGAGCUACACCCAGUUCUCCCAGUUCAACCAGGACGAUUCUCUGCUGCUGGCGUCCGGGGUGUUCCUGGGGCCCCACAACUCCUCCUCGGGCGAGAUCGCCGUCAUCAGUCUAGACACCUUCGCCUUGCUGUCCCGCGUGCGCAACAAGCCCUACGAUGUGUUCGGUUGCUGGCUCACGGACACCAGCCUGAUCUCGGGAAACCUGCACCGCAUUGGGGACAUCACGUCGUGCUCUGUGCUCUGGCUUAACAACGCCUUCCAGGACGUGGAGUCGGAGAACGUGAACGUGGUGAAGCGGCUUUUCAAGAUCCAGAACCUGAACGCUAGCACCAUCCGCACCGUCAUGGUGGCCGACUGCAGCCGCUUCGACAGCCCGGAGCUCCUGCUGGACGCCGGCGCCCCUGGCGCAGGCCCCGGCUGUGUCUUUGACCUGAGCAGCGACAGCGAGGACCAGGCAGUCGACCCGGGCCCGGCCCGCGCCAAGGGCUUGCGGCGCGUCCUGGAGGGCCGGGCCCAGCCCCAGCCGUCAGAGUGCGCGCUGGAGACCAAGGCGGCCGAGCUGCUGGCCCAGGGCCACACCAAGCCCCCCGAGCGCAGCACGGCCGCCGCCGGCAACAAACUCCUCAUCUUCACCACGGGCUGCUUCACCUACUCGCCGCACCAGAUCGGCAUCAAGCAGAUCUUGCCGCACCAGAUGACCACGGCGGGGCCCGUGCUGGGCGAGGGCCGGGGCUCCGACGCCUUCUUUGACGCGCUCGACCACGUCAUCGACGUGCACGGACACAUCAUCGGCAUGGGCCUGUCCCCCGACAACAGGUACCUGUACGUAAACAGCCGCGCCUGGCCCCGCGGCUCGGUGGUGGCCGACCCCAUGCAGCCGCCGCCGAUCGCGGAGGAGAUCGACCUGCUGGUGUUCGACCUCAAGACCAUGCGGGAGGUGAAGCGGGCCCUGCGCGCCCACCGUGCCUACACGCCCAACGACGAGUGCUUCUUCAUCUUCCUGGACGUCAGCAGGGACUUCGUGGCCAGUGGGGCAGAGGAUCGGCACGGCUACAUCUGGGACCGCCACUACAACAUCUGCCUGGCCAAGCUGCGUCACCAGGACGUGGUCAACUCGGUGGUCUUCAGCCCCCAGGAGCAGGAGCUCCUGCUGACGGCCAGCGACGACGCCACCAUCAAAGCCUGGCGCUCGCCACGCACGGUGCGUGUCCACCAGGCCCCGCGCCCGCGCCCACGCCCCUUCUUCUCCUGGUUCGCCAGCCAGAGGCGCUGAGGGGCGCUGGGACCCACCGAGGAGGCCACGGAGGCCCAUGGCCCUUUUUCGGGGGUUGAGCUGCUGCCCAGAGCGCGUGGGGGCAGAGAAGCUUGCUGCAGAAAUGCCUUAGGAGGGGGGCCCCGCGAGGCCACGGCGGGGGACGGCCUGGCCCCCACCACGCUCGUGCACGCACACCGCCUCCCACAGCUGUGACGCUCAGCCUUGGGCAGCCGGGGCCGUCUCUGGCUGGCUUGGGCUGCACAGGACACUGGGCCCCCGCUCUUCACCCACCCCCUUCCCCUGGGCCUGGGCUCUGGGACAGUCUGCACAACACGUUCCCCUUGGCCAGCCCUGUGGGGCCCUGGCGGUGUUUGCUGGGCCCAGCCUUGCCCAGGGAGCCCAGGCUCCCUCUUCUGGGAACUUCCCAGCGUCAGGGUCGAGAUGCGGGUCAGGCUGCCAUGGGCCAGGCUGCCAUGGGCCCAGGGGACCUGCAUGUCACUGGUUCAGGAUCUGAAUAAAAGGUUGGCAACAGCA